AUGACGACGAAGGAAGCUUCUUUGCUGCGCAAGGGAGCAAAUUUUAUGUUUUGGGCAGUUCACACUUUUAGACCUAUUAUCGUAAAUUUGUUGAUUGAGCACGAAUCACAUUGCGGAGGCAAGAACCAGUCGCCCAUCAACAUCGAAUCGAAGGAUGCCAUCAUCGCCAAUUAUCCUGAAUUCAUUUUCCACAAUUACGAACUUGUUUUCCCCGAAGGAUUGGAGAAUAACGGUAACACUGAGCAAGGAAUGGGCGCGGAAUUGCCCUUAAUUACGGGCGGAGGCCUCACCGACCGUUACAACUUUGUUCAGCUCCACUUCCACUGGGGCCGAAGUUUUUCUAGCAGUGAACACAGAAUUGAUGGAGAACAGUGCAAAGUUGAUCAAAUAGCAUACGAUAUCCGGCCGAACUGCACAUGGCCCAUUACAAUUCGAAAUACGGAACUUUUAGCGAGCUCUCUGCAACCGAGAGACAACAUUGCAUUCCGACAUCUGGAACAAUUUGAUAACAUCAUCGAUCCCAGUAUCGCCAAAAGCGAUGAAUUGCGAUUGCGAUAUUCUGUCCCAUUGUCGGAUCUUCUUCCUGGUAAUACCGACAGUUUCUUCCGAUACAACGGAUCGUUGACUACUGGAAACUGUAACGAAGACGUCAUCUGGACGAUUUUUGAUACUCCGAUUGCUAUUUCUGAACGACAAAUUUCGACGCUAAUGACUGAAGCCAAGCAAAAUGAAAUGUUGAUAAAUGAUUUUUAUACUCCAUCUAUUCUAUUCUUCACCCCGCCUAUUCCACUGAUUAAUUUGCGGUUUACUUCUUACUAA